AUGACGAGACUGGCGGCCGUGGGAGAGACACUGCUGCAACAAGAACGGCUGGUGGGAACUGACGUCACAUUCAUUGAGCAAAGAAACCAGGAGACAAGAAAGAUCGAAGUAAAGGAAAAGCUCGUGUCGAGUGACCCUGAAGUUCCAGGGGGUCCCGAGCCCAGUAUUGUAAAAGCUCUUGUAAGGAAACUUAGACGCGUGCGCCUAAAGCCACCUAGCACGUGUGAUGGUGGGCGCGGCGGGCGGUCCCCGGGAGUACGGCGGGGCAGCGGCGUGGCCACGGCUCGUUACGUCACGUCCAACGGCCUGUCGGAUGCGGAGCAAGCCCCGUCGUUGGACUACGUGACGCUGUUGGAGGAGAUGAGCGGCGACUUCGGCGUCCGGUCCGACGUGGUUGAUGCAGCGACGCGAGAGCCCGAGUACCGCGGAGCCGAGACCCUGGUUGUACCGCUGUACAUCCCCGAGGGCGCUGUGCCGAUCAACCUGGCCAGGAUUGCGCGCUCGGGCAGCCCUGAUUCAGUGGUCGAGUUUGUCGACAUGAAGGUCUCGCCGUCUGCAGAUUCGCUGCUCAUACGACGCCUUGGGCCAGCUAGCGGGCCCAGGACACGCCCCAGGCCGCAGAGACCUGGGCCGCGUCUCCCGAGAACGCGCGUCUCCCGCCUGCCCUCCAUACGUAGGUCGGAUCUAACGAGCCAGCGGCCGGAAACGCUGCCCACGGCGGUCCCGAGCCCACUGCUGGCGCGCUUCGGGCAACGGUUGACGUCGCCGAAAGCGGCUCCUCUCAUAACCGUCCGCCGCACGCCCCUCACGCAGGGGGUCUCGGACAGGCCGGCGGAAGAUAGCGAGGAAGAGGAGGAAAACAAGCGCUCUAAGAAGAACGAACUUAGCAAGGACUCACAGUUUCACCAUCACACACUGAGCGACUCUGCAGAAAACACGAGUUCUUCUGUCUCACCAUCGGAGCCUGCCAUCAGGACGCUCAGCCCUGCGAGUCCCGCCACGAGUUCUCCUCACACCACGGAACCUGCCAUACCAUCGACAGAAACAGCUAAUUUAGCUAUCACUCCUGUCUUUUCUAAGAAACAGAGGCAGGAGACCACUACGGAGGAACCACCAUCAACAACUACUUCUACUACUACAACUACAUCUACAACAGCCACAUCCCGCAGAACAGGCCACUUUAGAUUCCGUCCAAAAAUUAACAGGCAGAAGGGAACCAUCAGUACCACAGCAGCCACCAGCACAGAUUCUAAUACCACCGCAACAUCCACGACUCCUUCAACUACCUCUGUGACACCAUCUACUCAAAAGGCUUCUUUGUCUAACAGAAGUAGAAUUAUCCUAACAAAGAGACCUCUAUCCACAACUGAAAUACCUAAUGUUACAUCACCAUCAACAACAACAACUACAACAACUACAACUGCUACUACAGCUACUACUAGCAUUCCCAUAAUAACCACAACAAAAUCUCCACCAGUAACUACAAGGAGACCUCCUCUUUUGCUUUCAACUAAAAACCCUACCACGACUACCACAGAGUCAACCACAACAGAUUCUACGGCUUCAACGACUCUUACUACACCAGCUCAAACUACCAGGAGGAUUCCAUUUAUCAUCCGGAAACCAGUUGCUGCACUGAUUCCAGUGAGGAAGAUGCCGACUGUCAAGGAAGUACUUGGGGACGCUGAAGAUCAAGAACAGCAUGAGGAGAAGGCAUUGAACACUAGAGAAAACAGCACAAAUGCCUCUGUUCCUAACUUGGAAGCUCCAUCUAAAACUAACAUAUCAGCUGAAGAGCCAGUCAGCCAAACAGAUGUCAGUGAAGAGAAAGAUUUACUGCCUGAGAAGGAAGAUACAGAAACUGAACUUGAAAAUGUGUCACCUGUAACACCUUCGAGAAAGGAUCUAAGAUGGUCUCGCCCUCUGCCACAGAAUCCCAACUUGAAGGUCAGAGGUGAAGGAAGGCCAAAUGGUCCUUCCAGAAGAAGGCGACCUCGUCCUACAACAACUUCCCUGCCUCCUGUGACUCGCGCUAGUGAUUAUUUCAAAGUUCCUGCAGAGUUUAUUGCAGUUAGCACAGCAACUGAAGCAACACGAACACCUGCAACGAAUGCCUCAUUAACACCAAACUACAACACAUCAACGACAUCACACCCAGUAUCGGUUGGGGUAACUGAGAAAUCUCCAGAAGAAGUCGUUAUUGAGAGCUUAACAGAAAUCAUGAAGGAAGCUACCACUAACAACAAGAGCAAAGACAAGUUUUCCACUAUUGCUGGGAACCUCGAGGCCCUGAACAAGCAGUUAGCUGAGCAAGGGAUUCACAUCAUCCAUGCAGAGAUAGAUGGUGUUAGGAUUAAAUUGGACAAUCGUACCUUGGUUCGACCCAUUCCUUCAUAUCCAGAACCAACAACAUUCCGACCUUCUACAGAAUUUAAAGUUUCCUCAUUAUCUGACUUCCUUUCAACCACAGAAGAUCCUGCAACUAAUCUGUUUUCACCGCCAGUAGAGAAUCCAGACUUGUUAGACACAGAUGAAUCGGAGGAAGAUAUGGAAAAGCAAAUAUAUACAUCAGUCAAGUCUUCCUUCUCUAUCCAUACAUCCAAGCCCACGGAUGUAGAAGAUGAGACUGAUAGUGCUAAUGAGGUUCAAAGUACUACGAAUGAUUCAAGUUUCACUACACUGAAGCCGACCGAGCUAAAGAAAUUCUCAGACAAGCCUUUGCGAGGAGACUCUUUCGGACCUGCUCUCUCAACUUCUUUCGUGCCUGAGGAAGUGCUGAAAGACAAUAGAACGAGGCAGGAAGAAACACCUUUUGUAGCAGAGACCGUGCCAGUUCAGACAAGUACAUCGAGUGAUGUCAGAGAGAUGGAUGACGAAGGACACACACCGCUGUCAUCGUUUGUGAUCUCUGCCACCUCCACUGUCCCUGCAAGUGUUACCACCAGGACAAGAUCUACCACUGUACCUGUCACCACACACAUACCCAUAUUCAGGUCUUCUAGUUUUAAUCCGAAAGUUACAACGUCGGCAGUAUUUCCGAUUGAUGAGGAUUCCGUUAGUGAGAUGAUUGACGAGGAACGUGUUACAGAUGCACAGGAUUUAGCACCUAACUUGCAUCCUACGUCUCAUCAUCGUCCAGUUUCACUACCAACACAGCCAGAACAAGAGGUUGCCAUGACACCAAGGGAUCCCUCAAUUGCAAUUGUUAUUGAAGAGAAAGUGAACAGAAGCACAUCAUUCGUGUUCGGAGGCAGGAGCUCAACUCGUCGUCCAAUCAUCGAAACCAUCUCCAAAACAAGGGCAGUCCAAGAACCUUCUGCCCCAGGUUCCGUUACGAUUGUCAAGGACACUGCCAGCGAGGAGUUCAGUGAAACCACUUCGUCUGCGUCGUCGUCCUCCACGGCCGUGUACUUCAUUGGUGUAAUAGGCCUUAUUCCAGCUGCAGGCCUCGCUUUUUUCCUUGCCAAGAAGUUUUUAAAGAAGACGCAGAAGGCUUUACCAGAGAGUGAGGAGAGAGCUGAAGGCUUCACCCCCAUUACACAUCACACCCGUAAACCUUCUCAUUCUAAUACUCUGGAUAUCGAGCCUUCAUCAGUAGAGGCCAAAAACCCCAAAUUUACACCUUGGGAAUUCCCAAGGUCCAAGCUCCGACUUGUGUCCAUCCUCGGCGAAGGGAACUUUGGUGUGGUGUGGAAGGCCGAGGCGCGGGACCUGUGCGCGUGCGAGGGCGCCACCGGGGGGCCGACUGUGCUGGUGGCAGUGAAGGGAGUCAAGGAGGGCGCUGGCCAGAAGGAGAAGCAGGAUCUACUCAAGGAGCUGGCCAUCAUGCAGCACAUUGGCCAGCAUCCAAAUGUUGUUACGUUGCUUGGCUGCUGCACUCAGCAAGAGCCCUUCUAUGUCAUAAUGGAGUACGUGAUGUUCGGCAAGCUGCUCGCCUUCCUGCGCGACCACCGCACGCGACACAACUACUACAACUUCUCCUCCGACACCGAAGCCUUGACCUCGCGCGACCUCACCCGCUUCGCCUGCCAGAUUGCAACCGGCUGCGACUACUUGCAAAGCCGCGGGAUCAUCCACCGCGACCUGGCUUCGCGCAACAUCCUGGUCGACCACAACAAAGUGUGCAAGAUCGCCGACUUCGGGCUCGCUCGCAGCGUCAAGGAUCUGGGUAGCGACAUUUACGAGCAGAAGAGCAGAGGUGCGCUGCCAAUUCGAUGGAUGGCGCCCGAGAGCCUCUACAUGAACAUCUUCACUCACAAGUCAGAUGUGUGGAGCUUCGGCAUUCUCUGCUGGGAAAUCGUUACUCUGGGUUCGACCCCAUACCCUGGCAUGACCGCUCGCGAGGUAAUGCGACGCGUGCGAGAGGGCUACCGCCUCGACCGCCCCGAGCACUGCCGCCCCGAACUCUACCACAUCGUGACCAAGUGCUGGCACCAAGACCUCAACAAGCGGCCCACGUUUUCAGAGCUCAAGGUUGAGCUGGCUAACCUUCUGGAAAGCCAGCCUGGCUACAUCAUUGAUCUUGAAAACUUCCCAGAAGGCAGUUACUACUCUAUGCACGAGAAUAACGAGGAAAAACUGUGAUUUUUUAUAUUUCUCAUGAAGGGAUGUUCAAUUAGGUAUCUCUGUUAGGGUUUUUCAUUUUCUUUCUUUGUACAUAGCUUAUUUUAGUCCAACAAUCUUAUUGUUUACAUCGUUUAUAUAUCUUCUGCAUGAGUUUCCCCACACACAAACUAAAAUUCUUUUCACUCAGUCAUUACCUUCUGAUGAUAUUUAUACCCCGAUCAAAGAAGACCUGAGUUCAUCCCUGCCCUGUAUCACUCUGGUUGUCAUUGCCAUUGCAUUGUGCUGUAGAACUUGAUAGGUCGGAGACGUCAAGCUGGUCUUGGCCUCCGUUAGGUAGGGAGACGGGAAGACGCCCGGCGCGCCAGGACGCCAAGCGUCGGCCGAGGUUUUCAGGCCAUGAAGCCGUCACAGAACAGAUAGGCAAAAGGGAGACACAUGUAGUACAGAAAGUCCACAAAUAGUAUCACUGGUGCAUGAUCUUUGCGUGGAGAGAUGAUUUGUGAGACGGAAAAUGCAAGUUUACAGUUCUGAAGCUUUACCAAAGAUAGCAUAUCUGACAUUUAACAAGAGUAAUAAAAAUACGAUUGGACUCAUCAAAUGCUGAAAAUAUUAAUGUAUAAUAGACAAUUUGUCUUGAGAAUUGGGUAUAUAUAAUGUAGGAAUUGUAAAAUAAUGAACUGAGUUUGUCUACUCUUUAAGAUUCAACUUUAUGGAUUACAUUGUUAAUGUAAUUUAAGUUAGAAUACAGUUGCUAUGUUCUUGGGCAUCAGUGGAGUAAAGACAUUAUCCUCUUUACAUUAUGGAAAAAUAUAGAGGACAAACACAUGUCCACUGAGCCUCUGUAUGUAAGAAAUAUACAUAGUAACCUGUAAAUAAAUUUGUAUAUAUUGUUGAGAAUUUUUGGAUAUAUAUAUAUAUACACAUUAGUAUCUUUAUUCCUUAAGUUGUUGUCUGAAUACUUUUAUAGUUUGGGUACUUAUUCAUAUGAAAUAUACAUCAAGGUUAUAUACAUCAUGAAUAGCUUCUACAAUGUAGUUAAUUUUUUUUAAUAAACCUAUUUUAGGCUUUGCUUUAGUCUCACUAGCUCGAAGUCAGUCAUUCUGAUUCGGCCGCGUGCGUCCGUCUGCACGAGUGAUACUCGCAGCAGUGAGUGGGUGAUCCCUAUGUAUGUGAAGGGGGCGUAUGUGUGUGUGUGUGUGUGUGUGUGUGUGUGUGUGUGUGUGUGUGUGUGUGUGUGUGUGUGUGUGUGUGUGUGUGUGUGUGUGUGUGUGUGUGUGCGUGCGCGUGUGCGUGCGACCCGUGCGUGUGUGCGUGCGCGUGCGUGCGCGUGCGUACGUGCGAGGCAGAAGCAAUGAGACAGAAAUUAAAAAGAGAAAGCAAGAAAAUGAAAGAGUGAGAACGAGAGAGGAAGUAUGAGAAAAGAAGCUGUUUCUUGAAUAGUAUACAUGCCCUCUUACAUGUACUUAUAAAGAUAUUUCCGCAUUUGGAAAUAUAGUUAUCUUGCAAACAUCGGUAGCCAUCGAAUAAGUAGGAUGCAAUAAACUGCUUCAAAAUAUUUUGACUAUAAUUAGGCAUUCUUAACGAUUUUUCCCGGGCAUGCCCAGUUUUGAUGGCAUGCCUUUUUUGGGAAGUGCUGCUACAACUCGUGCAUGAACACCUACUCAUGCUUGCAACGAUUAUACUUUGGAACGGAAAGGAGCAUUGUAGGUACUCGAGGCUGUUGAUCAUAGGCAUCAGCUUGGUGUUAUGAAACAGCAAUGAAUUAGAUUUUUACAAUACUCAAAGCAAAAGUUUCCAUUUACUUGAGGAAUAUUAGGAAUGAUCCAAUCUAGGCCUGUAAAUAUAAUUACCAUAUACAUCUGUGUAGAGUAUUUUUAUAUAUUGUAUUUGAAUAUUUAAAUAAAUGAUUGAGCAUUAAAA